AUGCUCGGCAAGGUCUCCUUUGAAGAAGCCUACGAAAUACCUACUCUGGCGGACUCGAGUCGCGACCAAGCUGCUCUUUAUAUUGCCCCUAAAGACCUCGAGAGGUAUCUGAGCCAAAUCAAACACCCCACCGGCGAGCGUCUUGAUCUAUCAAACCACCAUGGCAUCGGAUACACAAUUUGGUCAUUGACGGUUCCGGGCUGCCAAGGAUACCCUGACCGGAUGGGCGCCUUCGCCACGCUCUCAAUGCAUGACCCUGCCCAGGCGGCGCAAGAGCUUGAACGCUGUGUGAAAGAGUAUGGAUUCCAUGGGGCUCUUGUGAACAACUGGCAGCAUGCGGGAGCAGAUGGAGAAACGUAUCUGUUCUAUGACCAGCCCGAAUAUGAUGUAUUUUGGAAGAAAUGCGUCGAGUUGGAUGUUCCUUUUUACCUUCAUCCGUCGGCACCGAUGGGGACCCAUUUCAAACAGUUCUACGAGAAAAGAAGGUAUCUGAUUGGGCCCCCAGAGUCAUUUGCGAUCGACGUGUCGCUGCAUGUUCUGGGGUUGAUAACCAACGGAGUAUUCGACCGUCACCCCAAUCUAAAACUGAUUGUGGGCCAUCUGGGCGAGCGGAUGCCUCAGGACUUCUGGCGCACCAAUCACUGGCUACGAGAUGUUGAAAGACCACUGGCUGAGUCACGAGGCGAUACCAUGUGCAAGAAAGAUCUCAUUUACUACUUUAAAAACAACAUCUACCUCACGACUAGCGGCCACUUUUCCACAGAGACAGUCAAGUUCGUUUGUGACUACGUGGGCGCCGAUAGAAUCCUGUUCUCGGUUGAUUCGCCCUACGAGAAGAUCCAGGAUGGUGCGUCUUGGUACGACAAUGACAAGGAGGGCUUAUCGGAGGCUCUUGGUGGAGCUGAAAACUACGCUAAAGUUGGAAGAGAGAAUGCGAAGAAGUUGUUCAAGUUAGGGAAUUAUCACAACUCGAAUGCCUAG